ACAUGUCAUGAUUUUCCUGAGACACUCAUCCAUUCCUACUAUGAAUACACAUGUGUCUCAAGUGUGCGAGGAUUCACUUCCUAAAAGUGUGACUUCUCCUUUCUGAGACAAAGGCAGAUUGAAAGACGGGAUGUUUUCUUGUGUUUGUCUCUUGGACCCUCUUGCAUGGUUUCACGUGCUCUGCUGCAGAUAUGGAUCUGAUCACACCCAACACCACAAACUACGAGGACAACUAUGAUGAUGAUUACCCUGAGUACAAUGACACGGAUUUAUCCGAGUCAGCGCCGUGCAAACAGGAGUACAUCUAUGCGUUUGCACGGAGAUAUUCCCCUGUUGUUUACAUGCUGGUGUUCAUACUUGCAGUGGUGGGAAACGUGCUAGUGUUGUGCGUCAUCCGCCGCUACCGCAACUCGCAGCGCGGUGGCGCCUGUGCCUUCUCUCUCACCGACACCUUCCUCCUUCACUUGGCCAUCUCUGACCUGCUGCUGGCCUUCACCCUGCCGCUCUUCGCAGUACAGUGGGCUCACCAGUGGGUGUUUGGUUUGGCACUUUGCAAGAUCUCCGGCGCCCUCUUCUCUCUCAACCGCUACAGCGGAAUCCUCUUCCUUGCCUGCAUCAGCUUUGACCGCUACCUGGCCAUCGUCCACGCCGUCAGCUCCGGCUGGAAGCGGAACACCUGCCACGCACAAAUCGCGUGCGCCCUCAUCUGGAUGUGCUGCCUGGUCCUGAGUGGGGUGGAGAUUGCUUUCAGACAGGUGGAGGCUGUGUACACUACUGAGCAGCAGAGUGUGCUGCUGUGUGAUGUGUGGUACACUGAGAACCCCACACAGUGGCAGGUGGGGCUGCACCUGAUCAGUGUGGUCCUCGGCUUCGGGCUGCCUCUGUUGAUCAUGCUCUACUGCUACAUUCGCAUCUUCAAGUCUCUGUGCAACGCCACCCGCAGGCAAAAGCGCAAGUCUCUCCGCCUCAUCAUCUCUCUGGUGUCGGUGUUUGUCAUCUGCUGGGCACCGUACAACUGCUUCCAGCUGCUGGACGGUCUGCUUAAGCUGGGCUCUGUGAGCGGGGAUUGCCAUUUUGGCCGAGUGGUGGACAUUGGGACUCUGGUCACUCAGAGUGUGGGGCUGUCUCACUGCGCCCUGAACCCUCUGCUGUACGGCUUUGUGGGGGUGAAGUUCAGGAGGGAGCUGACCCGGAUGUGCAAGGGGCUGCUUGGGCAUAGAGGCUUGCUGGAGAUGGAGGGAUGGAAGCAGAGGAGGCUCAGAAAAACCACAGGCUCUUUCAGUUCCGCAGAGAGCGAAAACACCUCUGUCUCUGUCAUGGUGUGAAGAGACAGGAAGACAAGAGGGAGAUGGUGUGUGACACAGGGGGUGGUGCUGUGAAUGAAAAAUGAAAACGAAAAGCAAUUAAAACCAUGAAUCGGGAUUGAGAUCACAACCACACUUUCAUAAUUCCUUCCUUCCUUUGGGUUAUGGUCUACAAUCAUAGAAAAUGUUUGAGUUAGGAUUAAGGUAAAGUAACUCCAGAGAUUAUAUGUAAAAGAGGGACUGAUUUAUACAUACACAACUAUAAAAUUCAGUUGUUGAACGUUCAUUUUGCCACUUGUCGUUGGUGCAGAGCAGCUGUGAGGAAACAACGUGGCAGCUUCUACUCACUGACUGAAGUACAAUGGAUCUACAGUGUACUUUGUCUGUGACAACGUGACCAGUGUGUUCACACUCUCACAAACGCCUGCUCAGCACUUCCAACACGUCUCAGCAGGCUGUUUCUGAUCAGAUUACACUCUCAAGUGGUUCCACUGUUAAAAUCAAUUCAUUGAUCAUGUUGAGAUUCUUGUUUUUGACCUUCCUUUACUUUCCCCUUUUCAGCUGUUCUCUCUGUUGUGUUAUUAUUAU